CAAUAGAGAUAUGCCGUUACAUCGAGUAUGCAAGAUUACCGUUGCGGGUAUGCAAGAUUACCUUUGCAGACAUAUUUACAUUCGUAAUCAUUGUCGAUUACAAAAACAAUGCCGAAGCAAUGUAUAUAAAGCCUAAAUACCCACUCUAGCUCUUCUCUCAUCAUACUCCGCAUCAUCACCAGCAUCAUCACCAGAAAUAGCCACGAAAGAACAAAUCAUGGGCAGUGAGACGAAAAUCGAUCAAGUUUCGGCUUCUGCUGAGUUAUACCCUUCCAUUGAAGCACUCAAUCGUGCCAACAGGCUCCUUCCACAUGUUCUCGAGGAAGAGGCAAGCAAGAACCCUCAAAGAAUUGUCGCAAUAGCCGCAAAAUCGUCUGAUAUAUCUAUGGGAUUCAAUGAAAUCACUAUCGGGCAGUUCUUGCAUGCUGUCAAUUUUACAGCUCAUUGGAUUGACUCUCACAAAAUCGAUUCUCCUCCGGCUGAGACAUACGCUUUCAUUGGACCACAAGACUUUCGGUAUCCGAUCAUUGAAUUUGCUGCCAUGAAGACAGGAAACCCUCUUCUUUUGCCUAGAGCUGGCAAUGCAUUAGCAAAUACAAUUUCACUACUCACUGUGACCAAAAGCACAAAAUUCUUUUACGCAUCCGAAUACUCAGAUCUUGCUGCACGGAUUGUCGGUGUACUUCCAUAUUUGAAAACCUACGAGGUACCGAGCCUGCAGGAGAUGAUUGUCGAAAAUACCGAACCAUACCCGUAUAAUAAGAGCUGGGAUACACAUAAAGACGAGAUAGCCGUUAUUAUUCACACAUCAGGUUCCACGGGUGCACCAAAACCUAAGAAUUGCACCCAUGCAUUUCUCAGAAGUUUCAUAAACAGCUCGCUUUUACUCCCUGACGUUCCUGGACGAAUAACUGCAUCGCUCAACUUGAUAGCUAAAGGCGAGCUACUCUUGACUGCGUGUAGUUUUUCUCAUGGCUCCGGACUCAUCUUGGCAUUCACGACUAUCGUUCUGGGCUCAACUCUUGUUUUUGGCCCACCAAAUGUACCCUCUAGUGGAAAGAUACUUCACGAUAUUAUGAAAGUCCUCCCAAUUCAUGGACUCGUAAAUGUCCCUAAUAUUACAGAGCAGCUGUUCUUGGAUCAUGGCGAAGAUCUCAAAGACGAAAUUGCUGCUCUGAAACAUGUUUCCUGGCUUGGAGGUAAAUAUAACUCUACAAUUUGCACUUGAACACGUUACUGACUGAGAAAUAAGGCCCACUAUCCCAAAAGACGGGUGAUUUCAUCGUUAGCCAUACAGAUGCUAUUUUGUGGCAAGGCUUCGGAUCAACUGAAUCUGGCCUAUUGCCACUCCUCGUGCCACCAAGAUCACAUUGGUCAUAUAUCGAAUUUCAUCCAAAAUUCUCACCAGACUUAGAACCAACAUCACCCGGCUCGCCGCUUUGCGAACUAGUCAUAAACAAAUAUCAGGAUCCUGCUCUUUCCUGGAGUCAAACUGUUUUCUACAUGGCUCCAGACCAGACGACCUGGAGGACCAGGGACAUUCUACGUCGCUAUGACGGUCCUCUUCCAGAUGGAGUCGGUCCACUUUGGAAGUUCCAGAAUAGGAUCGAUGAUCUUAUCAUUCUCUCCAAUGCCGCCAAAGCCAAUCCUGUGCACAUCGAGACCUUGUUACAAUCACAUCCAUUGCUAAACGGUUGUCUUGUGUUUGGAGAAGGGCAAACUCGUUGUGGAAUCUUGUUGGAACCAAAGGAAGAUUCGAAUUUGUCAGAGGAAGAAUUGGUAGCACUGGUAUGGCCAGAUGUAGAGGAAGCUAAUGGUACUGUACCAGGACAUGCUCGUAUUGAAAAAGAUCUUGUCCUAGUGGUGAAAAAUGAUAAGAGAUUAGAGAGAGCUGCUAAAGGAACUAUUAUCAGGUCUCUUUGCUUAAAGAUGUAUAAGACCGAGAUAGAUGAUUUAUACGCAAAGUUCAAGGCACGAAAGGCAUAAUUUGAUGGCAUGGUUUCCCUUGUUUAUUGUUAAUUUCACUCAAGAUUUUAAUUCGUAUUUAGAGAGUUUUUGAUUUUGUAGUUAGCAUUUUGAAUUCACAGUCGUUAUCUUUACAUAUCUUCUUA